AUGUCAGGAUUUGAAUCUAAAUAUAGUCCCGGCGAUAAUGUGUGGAUUAAAAAUUCUUCGAAAGGAGAAUUUGACAUUCCUGUGGGAUGUAAAAUUAUUUCUGCUGACAAACGAGGUCUUCAAGUUCAAGAUGAUGAUGGAAAGGUAGAAACGAUUGAUAAUAAUCGAAUUUUGAAACGUAUGCAUCAUUCUUCAAUAAAUGGAGUUGAAGAUAUGAUAAAGCUAGGAGAUCUUCAAGAAUAUGCUAUUUUGAAAAAUCUUCAUAUUCGAUACAACCAGAAUUUAAUUUAUACUUAUACGGGAAGUAUGUUAAUAGCAAUAAAUCCUUAUAAAAUAUUGAAUAUUUACACGCCAAAAGAAGUGGCAAAUUAUCGAUCAAAAAAUAUCGGAGAAAAACCACCUCAUAUAUUUGCAAUUGGUGACAACUGCUUUAUGGAAAUGCGACGGUCACAAAAAAAUCAGUGUAUUGUAAUCAGUGGAGAAAGUGGGGCGGGAAAAACUGAAAGUACAAAAUUAAUUUUACAAUAUAUUGCGGCAAUAAGUGGCGAACAUUCAUGGAUUGAACAACAAAUUCUUGAAGCUAAUCCUAUUCUUGAAGCAUUCGGAAAUGCUAAAACUGUUCGCAAUGACAAUUCUUCACGAUUCGGAAAAUAUAUUGACAUAAAAUUUUCAAAAAAUGGAUCAAUAGAAGGCGCAAAAAUUGAGCAAUAUCUUUUAGAAAAAUGUCGUUUAGUUUAUCAAGGACAAAAUGAGAGAAAUUAUCAUAUUUUUUAUUCAAUUUUAAUAGGACUAUCUAAAGAAGAAAAGAAAAAAUUGAAUUUGGGUCUACCAGAAGAUUAUAAAUAUUUAUGUGGCUCUUUGGAAUGUAAAGGGCGAAAUGACGCACAAGAAUUCGCUGAUGUAAAGGCAGCAAUGAAAGUCUUAAAUUUUAGCGAUGAAGAAUUUUGGAGCAUAAUAAAACUUUUAGCAGCUAUUUUGCAUCUGGGAAAUGUAAAUUACAAGUCGGUAACGAUGGCGAACAUGGAUGCGAGUGAAAUAAUUGACGAUGCAAUCAUUAAAAUGUUGAUUGAACUACUUGGUGUUAAUAAUGGAGCGUUGAAGGAAGCGCUUUCUCGAAAAACGAUUUUUGUCCAAGGAGAGCGUGUAAUUAGUAAUCUAUCAAAAGAUCAAGCUACAGAAGUAAGAGAUUCUUUUGUAAAAGCAGUUUAUGGAAGACUUUUUAUUUUUAUCGUCAGUAAAAUAAACGAUGCAAUAUUUAAGCCUAAAUCUAAUACCAAAAAUUCGAUCGGAGUGCUCGAUAUUUUUGGAUUCGAGAAUUUUACUCACAACAGUUUUGAACAAUUAUGUAUUAAUUAUGCAAAUGAACAUUUGCAGCAAUUUUUUGUGAAACAUAUUUUUAAAAUGGAACAGGAUUAUUACAAUCAAGAGGGGAUUUCAUGGAGUCAUAUUGAAUUUAAUGACAAUCAAAGCGUUCUUGAUUUAAUUGGGGUUAAAGCUGUUAAUGUAAUGGCACUAAUUGAUGAAGAAAGUAAAUUUCCGAAGGGAACUGAUGAAACUUUACUGGCCAAAGUUCACCAAAUGCAUUCCAAUAACCAAAAUUAUGUAAAACCUAAAUCAGAUUCUAUAAAAGCUUUUGGAAUAAAGCAUUUUGCCGGAACAGUAACUUAUGAAAUCAAUGGAUUUCUUGAUAAAAACCGCGAUACAUUUUCAGCAGAUUUGAAGCAACUCAUCACUGUAUCAUCGAAUGAUUUUUUAAAAUUAAUAUUCAGCCACGAUUUAACAAUCGAAUCAGACGGGAAGAAACGAGUUUCAUCAUUGUCUUCUGAAUUUCGUAAUUCGUUGGAUUUACUGAUGAAGACAUUGGAAAAUUGUAAUCCGUUUUUUAUUCGAUGUAUAAAACCAAAUGAAGAUCAAAAGCCAUUGUUAUUUGAUAGAUCUCUUUGCUGUCGACAACUAAGAUAUUCUGGAAUGAUGGAAACAGCAAAAAUCCGUCGAGCUGGUUAUCCGAUUCGUUACGAUUACCCGGACUUUGUCAGCAGAUUUCAUUGUUUAGCCAGAGGAGUACCUUCAAAAAUAUUAAAAACUACUGCUGCAAAUAUUUGUGCCAACACUUUGGGAGAAAAUCGUGACAAUUAUCAAUUUGGCCACACGAAAGUUUUUCUUAAGGAAGAAAAUGAGUUUAUUUUAGAACAACAGAGAGAUUUGGUGCUCGCUAAGAGUCUUGUUGUUAUCCAAAAAUAUAUACAUGAAGAUCAAAGGGGCAGUGAUAACAAUUCAACGAACAUGGAGAGGUUUUGGCCCGAGGAAGAAAUAUUUAACAAUGAAGAAAGGAUAUCAAAGACUACAAUCUGGCGCGAGAAGAAGUUGAAGGAAAUAACUGAUUUGAUUGCUGAAGACGAGAAGAAAUUGAAAGCAUCGGGAAAUAAAAUGUGGAAAGAAAUAUCGAAAAAUAAUUUUGAAAAACGAUUAAAAGAAUUACACGAGUCUUUAGUGAGUUUUGACAAGGAGAGUGCUAAUUUGGAAACUGAAAAAGAGCCUGAGAGUAGUAUUGAUACAAUAUUCGAGUUCUUAGAAAAUGAACCAAAGGUUUCAUUGGCAAGAGAGUUACCUGCUGAUGUAUACGCGGAUUUAUCUGCGGUAAAAAAAAAGAACGAAGUUGUAGAGCAAAGUAUUCUCGAAAUUCCAGCUGAAGUUUUAUCGAGUGUCGAUUUAUCAACUUAUCAUUUUAGUAAAUUUGCUGCAACGUUCUUUGCGUCGAACGUAACUCCACAUUAUUCUCGUAGAAUUUUAAAACAAUCUUUAUUAGAUUUGCCAAUAGCAGCUGAUCAAUUGUCAUCUCAAGCUUUGUGGAUAACUGUUUUAAGAUUUAUGGGUGAUCUUUCUGAGCCGAAAAAUCCUAUAGAUAUUCCCGCCAAUAAAACAGUUAUGUCGACAGUUUCAGAAACUAUUUCCAAGAGUUUUAUUCGAUCAAAUGAGUACGAAAAUUUAGUGGACGCACAAUCUAAAAAGAACCAAAUUAUUCGUAUAACUUUGAAACGUCAAAGUAAAUUACACAAAGACUUUAGAAGAGGAAUCACAGAAGAUAUGCUUGUAGAUGAAUCAUAUCAAGACUGGUUAAAUACUCGAAGUUCUAACUUAGACAAGCUGCACUUCAUAAUGGGACAUGGUAUUCUCCGUCCGAUAUUACGGGACGAAAUUUACUGUCAAAUUCUCAAACAAUUAACUAAAAAUCCCAGCAAAUCAUCGCACGCUCGUGGGUGGGUUCUACUGUCUCUCUGUUUGGGUUGCUUCCCUCCUAGUGAGCAAUUUGUUAAUUAUCUUCGGGCGUUUAUCAACUCAGGACCGCCAAACUAUGCUCCUUAUUGCGACCAGAGGCUCAGUCGCACGUUUAAGAAUGGUGCAAGAACUCAGCCACCAAGUUGGCUUGAAUUUCAGGCAACUAAAAAUAAAAAACCAAUCAAAUUGGAAAUAACAUUUAUGGAUGGAAAUUCCAGAAUUAUUGAAUGUGAUUCUGCUAGUACUGCUGAAGAAAUUAUUAAUACUCUUUCUAAAAGUAUUUUGUUGACAGAAAUUUUUGGAUUUUCUCUGUUUAUUACUCUUUAUGACAAAGUUCUGUCUCUUGGAGCUGGAAGAGAUCAUGUAAUGGAUGCAAUAAGUCAGUGCGAACAGUAUGCAAGAGAACAAGGUCAAGCAGAACGUUCAGCGCCCUGGAGAUUAUUUUUAAGAAAAGAAAUUUUCUCUCCUUGGCAUGAUGCAGCUUUAGAUCCAGUUGCGACCGACUUGAUCUACCAUCAAAUCAUCCGCGGGUUAAAACACGGAGAAUAUAGAUGUUCUAGCGAGACAGACAUUGCAAUGCUAGUUGCUCAACAAUUAUACAUUGACUAUCAAACAAGUUUAACGCCUGAUAAUCUUAAAAAUACAAUGCAUCUUUAUAUUCCCGAUCACUUACUCCAAAAUUCCGUCCCUGAAGCUUUGUCUAAGUGGCAAAAAUUAACCCUAGAAGCUUAUAGAAAAAAUUCAAAUGUUACUAAUGCACUUCCUAUAGUGAAAGUGAAAGAAGAAAUAGUUUAUUUUGCUAAGCAUACAUGGCCGAUUUUAUUCUCGAGAUUUUACGAAGCGACAAGAGUAUCUGGCCCAGAAUUUAAUGUUAAUGAUGUGAUAAUUGCUGUAAAUUGGACGGGAGUUUAUUUUGUCGAUGAUCAAGAGGAAAUGUUGCUUGAAUUGUCAUUUAUAGAAAUCGCCGAAGUAACGAUUCAAAAAUUUGAUAAUUCGGUCAUUAAUAAUUUUAUAAUCACCACAGUACAGAGAGAUGAGUACAUUUUCAAGAGCAUAGACGCCGAAGAUUUAGUAUCUUUAGUUAAUUAUCUGAUCGAUGGGUUAAAAGAAAGAUCAGUUUACGUUGUAGCAGCACAAGAUUACAUGACUGGAGUUCCUAGUUCGGAAGGGCAAUUGUAUUUGUCUUUCCAGAGAGGCGAUCUUGUUAAGCUCAGUGGAUGCACAGGACACAGCAUAAUGACUUCAACUUGGGGCUAUGGAGAACGCAAUGGAAUCAAAGGUGAAUUCUUGUCUGAAUGUGUUUACGUACUGCCAACAAUUGUUGCGCCUUCAUCGACCGUAAUGGAAAUAUUCAAGAGCGAUUACACUACGAAGAAUACAUUAGUGAGAAAAGCAAAGAAGCAAUCGAAUUCGCGGGUAUAUACUUUGAAGAAAUUCGCUCAAGAUAAUUUCCGACCGAAUUAUAAUAUCACACUUUCAAAGGGAUCUAGUAUAUCUUCAGCGAAAAAAACUGUCCCGGAAAAUCUUUGGAAGCACACUCGUACACCAAUAAAGGCUCCGCUUUUGAAGAAAGUGUGCGAAGAUAAAGAAUUGUUUCCGUUGGCGUUGGAAGUAUUUACAAAUAUACUGAGGUACAUGGGAGAUUUGCCGAGUAAUAGGCAAAAAAUAGGCACAGAGUAUACGGAUGUUAUAUUUAAAUUAUCAUUAGAACAUGAUUAUUUAAGAGAUGAAGUAUACUGUCAAAUAAUACGGCAACUUACGGAGAAUAAAAUUUUUUUGAGUGAAGAAAGGGGUUGGGAAUUAAUGUGGCUUGCUACGGGGAUCAUGUCUUGCUCUGAAGUCGUUCAAAAAGAAGUAAUACAGUUUUUAAAUAGCUUGAAAAGUUCAAUAGCCAGUGACUGUUUAAAAAGAUUCCACACGAUUGUUAAAAUUGGUAAUAGAAAAUAUCCGCCGUAUAUUUUAGAAGUUGAAGCAAUAAGAUUUAAAAGCAUCAAAAUAUACCAUCGUAUUUACUUUCCAAAUAAUUCGGAUGAAGCUUUUGAAGUACACUCGUCAACACGUACUUCUGAUCUUUGUUAUGAGAUAAUAGAGCGACUGCAACUAAAAUACAGUGAUGGUUUUAGCUUAUUUGUUAAAGUUAUUGAUAAAGUAUUUUCCGUACCGAAUGAUUAUUACUUCUUUGAUUUUAUUAAUGAAAUUAUUCAGUGGAUAAAACAAUCUAAUCCAUCUGCUAAAUUAUCAACUAUUACGCAAGUACAGUAUCAAAUUUUGUUUAUGAAAAAAUUAUGGAUCAAUAUACAUCCAGAACGUGAUAUGUAUGCCGAUGAAAUAUUCUAUUUUCAUCAAGAAUUACCUAAAUAUCUUCGUGGAUAUCAUAAAUGCAAUAAACAAGAUGCUACUAAGUUAGCGGCUUUAAUUUAUCGAAGCAAAUAUGGUAAUAGUAAGAAAGAGUUAUCUGAAGUCUCGCUAAAAAUUAGUGAAUAUGUACCAGCAGAUUUGCUUCACGUGUACAGUGCAAGUGAUUGGAAGAAAAAUAUUACUUUAGCAUACAAUACUAAUUCAGGAAUCAAUGAAGCAAAUGCUAAAUUACUUUUUCUUCAGUAUAUCUAUCAGUGGCCGACAUUCGGAUCGGCAUUCUUUGAAGUAAAACAGUCUACGGAUGUAAAUUUGCCAGAAUUUUUGAUAAUAGCCAUUAAUAAGAAUGGUAUUAGUGCGAUUCAUCCCCAAACAAAAGAUAUUUUAAUAUUGUGGAGCUUUACCGAGCUCUCAAAUUGGUCAUCGGGCAAUACUUACUUCCAUAUGACUAUUGGUAAUUUUAUGAAGAGCCAAAAAAUUCUUUUGGAAACGGCUCAGGGUUAUAAAAUGGAUGAUUUAAUAUCGUCUUAUAUUUUUUAUUUUAAAUCUGUUCUUCAAAAUGAUUAA